CUCCCAUACCUUUUCCCACUGGUUUCGACUCUUUAAAAGCUGCUGCCAGUGUUGUCUGUCAGGCUCAUUAUCACUUUGCCUGGGCUUGAGGGAAUUACUAUCCAGCUUUCUAAACACAGGCACACUGCAGUGGGAUUUAUAUUAGGAUAGAGCAAAAGAGGGAUCAAAAGUCCUGAUACAACAAGUUCAUUUUUAGGACUGUUAACAUAUUGGUGGACAACUUCCAUUGUGAGAUGCUUCUGUGUUUAAACAUCCUGUUGAUGGUACUCCUCCAACCGGCUCUUUCAACCCCAGUGCAGCUGACAACUCCGUCCCGAGGAUGUCCCAGCUGUAAAUCAAAGUCCACACAGCGUCAGCCGGUUGUAGCUUUAAAUGCCACUGCUCUUGCCAUUGGAGAAGCAUGUGGGGUUUACACCCUCAGCUGCGCCCAGGGUCUGCGUUGUGCACCUUCAGAGGAUGAGCUGAGGCCCCUCCGUGCCCUGCUGGAAGGCAGGGGAGUCUGUACUAAUGUGAGCAGCAUCAGCCCGACUGAAAGUGUCCCAACUGUAGCCCCAGCAACUACAGAGGAUCCAGAUGAGCCUCCAUGUCGUAAACUUCUAACUACACUUAUCGAUGGUCUUGAUGCCCACGUAUUUCAGUUGAAUCAGGAUAUCUACAUGCCCAACUGUGACAAGCGUGGUUUCUUCAGAAGGAAGCAGUGUUGGUCGUCUCGAGGUAAGCGACGUGGCAAGUGCUGGUGUGUGGAUCAGAAGGGUGUGAAAGUCCCCUCAAACACUAAACAGAAGGGCAGCCUGAGUUGUUGAAUGACAUGAAGUCUGCAAAAAUGAAGCACAGGAGGCUGAAGCUUUAUUAUAAAGACGAGACAAAGAUGAAGGAACACCAAACAGAGUCUAAAGGGGCUCAGCAGAGUCUCACAUUUCAAUUUCCACCAGCCAGAAGCAGCUCUCCACCAAUGAAAAGCUGUUUCCAAAUCAGUUGUAACUUUGUCUCCUUGCGCCCUCUACUGAACAUAUUAGGAUUGCUUUAUUAGACUUGACUUUCAUUUCUGCUUAUAUGAGAUGUAGAUCUAAUCUGUUAAAUUAUCCAUACAAGUGUCACAUAGAAGUAAGUUUCAAAAAUACCCCCCAUGGUUUGAGCGACAAAUAUUUGAGUUAUACACCUUUAUCAUUAACAUUACAAGCCAUCAAGCAUUAUCAGGAAAAGAUGUUUCUAUGAAUGUUAUAUAUAUAUUUGUAUGUAUAUUUACAGUAUUUGUUUUUACUUUGAAACCACUGUAAUUGUAUUACUGUAAUUUCUGUACACAAUCUCUUUAUAAUCUUAUUUAUGUUGCUUUGAAUAUGAUAUUGUAUUUAUAUUAAUAUAUCUAAUCAUUUGAAAAAGUCAUUUAUCAGUGGUUGCCCAUUAGAGCAAACACUUAAGGUAUGUGUGUUUCGAUUACAGAAUUAAAAGGGCAUUAUUAUGAUUUUUUUUGGCAUUCAUGAAGAAAACGUGCCUCUCAAACAAUAAUUGGAGUUGUGUUCAAGAAAGGUUAAAACUGAAACUGAUGGGCAGUAUUGCAAACAUGCCCACAAGACACUCUAUGGAUGCUUUGUGGAUUUUGUGCAUAUAAAUAACUUUUGUUACCUUUUUAAAAUAAAAAUACCAGCACAAGUCA